AUGGAAUGGACACAUUCAGAUUACAUUGAAUGUAACAUUGGUAUUUCAAUUGGACUUAUUUUGAUUAUUCUGUGUCUUGUAUUUAGUAUAUUUCAUACUUCAAAUGAAGGUAAAGGAUUUGUUAAUCAAAGAAUUAUCGGUGUUGAUCCACCAGAGUUAGAGAAAGGUGUAAAAACUAAAAAUGCUCAAGAACCACUUGGAUGUAGUGAUUGCAAAUGUACACGUAAUGGAUGGAUUGCUUUUCUCUUUUGUCUCCUUGGAGCAAUGACACUUUCAAUAACAGCCAUAUUACUUUUUCAAGGUUGUAUUUUGAGCAAUGCGAGAGUCGUUCCUGAUGGAGAUUGUCCUGAAUUCGAAAUGGAUUGUUUUAUAUUCAAUGAUACGACAAGUUUAUCUUCCCCAAUUAAUCAAAGUGCCAGUUUUCAUUGUUUUCCAAACAAUAAAACUCAAUUUCCAAGUAAUUCACAAGAUGUAAUUGGCUGGUGUUAUGGAUGGAUUAUUCGUUUUCAAUCAACAAAAAGUGUCUUAGAUCAAUUAGGUGUUUGUACUGGCCUUAUUGGAUUAUUUACAACAAUUUUAGCAAUUAUUGUUUAUCUUGGAAAAUGUAUUAAAAAUGUAGUUUUAUGUACAAUUUUGAUCGUAUCAUGUUUAGGCGCCUGUGUUAUUUUACCUGUUUUCAAAUGGUCAUAUGCUCCGUUAUCCUAUUCGGUGUUUGUUCUUGGAAUUACUUUAGGAAUAUUUGGAAUGAUUCUUUAUAGCAUUUCACCGGAAUCAGAAGAAGAAAAGGAGCAAAAAAAUAUGUUGGAUGAAAAUCAACCUGAUACUUCUGCUACACCGAUUUCAAAUUCAUCACGUCCAGUAAAUAAAACAACAUCUCGAAAUAUUCAGAGUUUAUCAAGAGGAUCAUCAAAAGUUGCUCCAGCAUAA